AUAACUAUAAAGACUGGCUGUUGGUUGCUUGACUAAUGUUUGAUCGUCAUACGACGCUAGCCACCAAACCAAGAUAAAAGCCUCGACAUUCUGGGCAUAAAAUCUCAUUCGAAACAUUUUGAUUUUGAUAAAAUCAUCUAAGAAAUAGAAUUAUCAACUUGUUUGAUCGAGAAUUCUGACAACAAUUGUUUUGAUUUAUUUAAUAUUUAUAUAUAUCAACAAAUAUUUAUCAUCGAUAUACAUAUUAUUCUUAAUUACAUCAUGAAUAUGCAUACGGUUACAUUGACAACAAUGUUUAUUAUGAUGAUGAUUUCAUCGAUUUGGUCAUCACCAAUUAUUCGAACAAAUGAUGAUAAUAAUAAUGAUAGUAAUGGUCAUCAUCAAUCGGUAAAUAAAUUGAAAUCCGAUCCUAUUGGUGAAGCGUUUCGACGAAAAUUAACCGAAUUAUCUAAUGAUGAUUCAAUGAUGGAUAAUUCAGAUAAUGAUUCUGGAACAGUUAAUAAUCGUAUAUUGAUUGAUCGUUUAUCAUCGACCGAAAUUGAAGAAUAUCAACGUACCGGAAAAUUACCUGAACGAGCUCAGACAGUAAUUAAUGAUUUUCUGUAUAAUUCACCGGCUGGAAGAAAAUUGUUAAAUAUGGAACGACAAUUACAGCAACAACAUUCACCGAAACCGGAUUCAACACCAAUGCCGUCGAUACUAUCAUUAUCAUCAACAUCGAUCGAUCCAGUCGUUUCAUUACAACCAAUUGAUCGUUAUGAAAUCAUUCAGGAUGGAGGCCGUCCAAUGUUUAUACCGAAUGAACAUGAAUUUCAACCACCAUCAUCAUCAUCAUCAUCAUCAUCAAAUUUGGCUUUGAAUCAUUUCGAACAAUCACAUAUACCACCACCACCAUUAGCAACAUCUUUAUCUGGCAAAGUAUCCACAUUGAUGACAACAAUUAACCAUAAUAAUGGUCUGGAAGAUGGUAAUAUGAUUAGUAAUCAAAAUAUUCAUAGUGAAUCUAUGAUUAUUACACGUAAACGGUGAAUUUAAUAUAACAACAAUGAUGUACGUGGUAUAUUGUGGGCAAACAAUAUUUGGAAAAGGAUAAAUAUCGUAUCGAUUCAUCAACACAGAAUCAUCAAAACAAAAUUAUAUCUACUUACUUUACUCACACAUCUACUCUCUCUCACUGUUUACACAACAAACAAGAAAUCUCAAUUUCACACUUUGAUUCUUUUUUUUCAUUCAUAAUAUAUCUUGUUGAUUGAUGAUAGCAUGGUGGUGGUGGUGGUUAUGGAAGAUCCUGUUACCCAUAUAUGAAGAGGACCAACCAAAGAAAUGUUUCACAUAUACACAAUUGUUGAUUUUGGUUCAAUUGACCAUAAUUGAUCAAAAAAAAUGGACAUUCAUUAUUA